AAACGGACGGCGGUUGGCGAGAGACCCGGAUUGAGCCGGAGUCAUGUCGUUCCCCAGAGCAGCGAUCAAACGCUUCAAUGACAGAUUGGGCUGUGCCCCUGCACCAGGUCACUAUGAUAUUAAGGAGGUGGAAGGCUCCAAGGGCCCAGUAUCCUUUGAAAAAGCUCACCGAUUUAAAAAGCAAAAAGAUCCAGGAAACCAGGUGACGGUUGAAACUGAGAAAGGUCUGAUAUCACCAGCAAGUUCACGGAAGAAUCUCAGCUUUGGCACAAACAGUGCCCAGAAGGAUGCAACCUUGGCGUUGGAGCUUAAGAAGCAGAAAAUGUUGGAACAAGAGAUCCGUUGCCUCCUGCAACAGCGAGGGGAACAGGACAAAAGACUUCAGGCCCUGGAAGAGGAAGUGAAGAAGGUUGAAAGUAAACUAACUGCAGCUGUGAGAGAGAAAACAUCCCUGACAUCCACUGUUGUUUCCCUAGAAAGACAACUUGCUGAUCUCCACAAAGCCAAUGAGUUACUCAAAACAAAGUUUUCCGAUGAUGGUACCAAGAAGAAGAUUAAUGCCCUAUGCUUGGAGUUGAUUGAAGUGAAGAAUAAGACUGAUGCCAAGGACAAGGAGCAAGAAAUCCUGAAGGAGAUCAGCUAUCUUCAAAUUAGUUUGGAAGGUCAAGUGAAGCUUCUACAAGCUGACCUGGAAGCUUCCAAAGCUACAGUGACUGCAUUGCAAGAAAGAAAUGGAUCACUGGAAGAAAUGCACCAGGAAACUAAAGCCCAUAAUGAGAACCUGGAAAUCGAAAUGGACAAAUUUCAUGCUCUAACAGAGGAGUUGCGUGAAGAGAAUAAGGUGCUGCAAGCUUAUUUGGAUAAUGCCAAUGAACAAAUUCAGGAUCUUCAUAUGCAGCUAAGUUCCAAAGUGAAUGACUAUGAGAGCAAAUUGGAGCAGCUUUCCACUGACAUGGAGGAAAAGUGUAUGGUCUCAAAAGUCAAGCAACAAGAGGCUGAAAAGAACCUGCUAGAGGUGCAGAGUCUUCUGAAGAAAUUGUCUGAAGAGGUUGCUGAGCUUCAGGGAAAACUGGCUACAAUGGAGCAGGAGAAAGUUAAGUUGGAGAAAGAUAAAGUUGAAACUGAAAUGCAACUCUCCCUCUCCUUAGAGGAACACAGUCACAUAAAGGUGCAGCUUGAAAGAUCUAAGGGGGAGAUCAGUCAGUCAGAGGAGCAGCUUGUUCAGAAGGAAAAGGAAAUACUAAAUCUCAACAACUGUCUGAAGCAGAACGAGGUGAUUCAUUGCGAACAGAUAAAAGAAGUUAAUGAAAAAUGUCAGCAGCUUGAACAGGAGAAAGAAAGAGUAGAGACAGAAUGUAACAGGAUGGAGCAAAGUUUAACUAGAGAGUUGGCUGUAAUGAAGGAAAAACUGAAUCAAAUGGAACAAGAUCUGCAGCAGAAGGGAGAUGAACUUUCCUCUGUCAAACAGGAGAAGGAACUGUCUGACUCUUUAAGCCAGAAGCUUGAUGCCUUCCAAGAAGAAAUGACCAAGGAGAAACUUCUGUUGGAGGAGGAGCUGGAGGGCGCACUAGAUGAACUGGAACAGUUGCAGCUGAAAGAGUUGGAGGCUGAGGAGUUGGCCAAACAGCUGGAGAAGGAGAACGAACUAAGAGCGCGAGAUCUUGCUGUGCUGCGGGGAGAACUGGCUGAGAAAAAUGCUGAACUGGAGAAGAUUAAUGAAAAUCACAGCAAAAUUGUUAGUCAGCUACGUGAGGAGCAGAGUAAAUCACUGAGAAAGCUAGGAGAUACUGAAGCAGAGUUUGAAAGCUACAAACUGUCUGUAACUGAGGAGGUGGGGUGCCUCCAGGAGAGCAACACGGCACUGGCGAAGGAAGUUGCACUGUUACAAUAUCAAACCAAGGACAAGCAGCAGCAGUUAGCAGAGAUCCAGCUUUCUAAAGAGAAAGCAAAAGAAGAAUAUGCAAGAAUGCUGCUAGAAGCACAGACAAAGCUAGCUCAGAAGGAAGCUGAAGUUAGAAAGUUGGAUGAAGCUUGUAACCUGAAAGUAACCGAACUUCAAGGGCUAUUGGAACAGAGCAAGACCUGUCAGGAGGUGGAGAAACAAAGUAGUGUUGCAGUAGGUGAGAAUAUGGUUGCAGAGCUAAAAGCUGAAAUACAGAAAUGGCAGGUGCUUUAUGAAGAAUUACACAACAAGGUUAAACCCUUCCAGGCGCAACUUGACUCAUUUGAAAGGGAAAAGAAUUCCCUGCUCAAUGAACAUGGAGCUACCCAGGAAGAGCUGAAUAAACUGAGUGAAGCUUACGUCAAAUUGCUUGGCCACCAAAACCAGAAACAGAAGAUUAAACACGUAAUGAAGCUGAAGCAAGAAAAUGUGGAUCUGAAGCAGGAGCUGACAAAACUUCGAGCCCAGCUAUCCAAAGAGAAGCUAACUGAGCAGAAAUAUCCAGAGCAGCGUUGCAAAGUUCAAGGCACCAAGCGUUUUGAUCCUGCCAAAGCUUUCAAACACGCUGUGAAGGAAAAUAUUGCUCCGACAACACCACUGAGAGAAGGGAACACAAAUAUACUUUAAGCUCUGCAGUUCUGAGGACCUGAGGUCUGAAUGCAAAUCUCCAGGCAUUUUGAGUGGGAUAAGAUUCUGAUAAUGUUACUGUGGAUCAAAUGACUUUAAUUCAACUGGUAUGUGUUGAAGGAGAUCAUCAUCGUGCCACAGAAACGGAUUGUUUUAAACCACAGAAACGGAUCGCAGCAAACAACAAGCUAUCUUGCUCCACUGACUAAGUUGUUUUCACUACUUUUUUAAAAGGUGUUGUUUUUAAUUUUAAUAUGCAUUUAUAAAUAAAUUCCUCUUUAGAUUAUGUAAAUUAAUGUUAUAAAUGUUCAUUUAAACUUGUAACCCUAUUUGUGAGCAUUGAAUUGUAAAUAAUUGUGGGAUUUUCUGAUCAGGUGACACUUUAUAUCUGGGAGAACUGACAGUUCUUGUUUCACAGACUAUUUGUAAAGAGAAAAUAACUUGCAAACAGCAGGACUGUUAACAGAUAGCAGCUGAUCUAGAAAUCUAUUACUGUAAUUCUAUACUUUGCUCGCUCCCUUGUGCGUGCCUCUCACGUGGGCACUGCCUCUCUGCCCUUGUUCAAUUAUUUUGCUUAAAAUAAAAUGGUUCCUUUACAAAGGAUAACAUUGUUACUAACUAAUACAUGAGGUCUGGUGUUAAGUGAGAUAUUACAAUCAUAAUGAGUUUUGGGAUCAUGUGCAUUGGCUGUACAUUAAUUUAAUCACACAUGGGGGAAAUAAAGCCUGGAAUUUGGGUUGGAGUGAGGAUCAUUGUCUCACAGACUGGAUUGAAACCAUUGACUGGACCCAUUGAGAACUUCUGCUUCUUAACUCUUAGGAAGUUUUUGAGGAUUACAUUUCAGGAGACCUAGUCCAAGAGCAAACUUGGCUUAUUGAAGCCUUAAACUGAUGGGUAAAAAUAAGUCUGUAACGAAUAGCAAGCCUUUGGUAGGAAGACUGGUCCAUGGUUUUACAAUUCUUUCUUCAGCAUCUCUCUACUCUAAUGAAAUUCAAUAUUCCAAUAAAUUGUCAGCCUGCUUUGGGGCAAACAUUGAGGUGGAGAGACUUGCUGUAGACGCCCAGGGCUUGUUUUGACAUGUAAUUGUCAGUCAUUUCAAGUGCUUCCUAAUUCUGGAAGUUAAAUUGUCGAUGGUCUUAGUUUAAUAAAUAUUAGGUUGGAGCUGACCUUCAGUCAUUGCAUAGUAUGACAGGAACAAGGAACUCGCCUCACCUGACUCUUGCUGCCUAAUACAGGGGUUUUCUUGCAGGGCUUGUGAUUUGAUUACUUGAAAUUGUUGCACCUUUUGGUGUAAUAUAUAACAUUUUAAACUAUGUCUUUGGGUAGUGAAUGGUCAGAAUGGCACUGGUGUAUGUACAGAAAUAUUAGACAUAGAAAUAAAACUGGACUCAGUCCAGUUUGAGGGAUUUUUGUUCUGUCAUGCUCCAUGCUGGAGAUGAUCAACACUAAUUUUACGUAGAUAAAGCAGUACUAAGCAGUAACAUGCUGGUGAUGGCUAUCUAAAGUUAAUACAGUUAAUAAAAGCACUGUUUUAAGUUUUAA